AUGGAUUGGGUGCGAUCCGGACUAGUCCUUCUAGCUGGCGUCGCCGGUGCCAUAUACCUUUGGUUGGCGAAAAAUAAGGAAAAUACGCGACCGCAGCCUGCAGUCGGGCAGGGGCAUUCCACUAGCGAGUCGUCGCCAGAGAGGAAAAAGGAUCGUCCCCGACCGCCUCUCGAGAUAUUGUAUCCUGGGCCGACCGACUUCAGCAACGACGAUACUGAAAUUGACAUCGUUGCCGUACAUGGCCUCGGGUCAAACGUUGACUGGUCCUGGACAUGGAAGGACGACGAAAAGUGUAUCAACUGGCUUCGAGACCCCGGCAUGCUGCCUGCGAAGGUGCCCAAAUCGAGGAUUAUCGCGUACAACUACGAGUCGAGAUGGCAUGCGGACGCGCCGAAGACGCGCCUCCAGCUCUGCGGAGAGGAGCUCGUGCAUAGCCUACACUUGUUUCGCGACGGCGCCCCUGACCGGCCGAUUGUAUUCGUCGGCCAUAGCCUAGGUGGAAAUGUCAUCGUACAUGCCCUCCUGCACGCCCGCGACGAGGAGAAUUACAAGCACUUGCCGAUGGCGACUGUCGGUCUAGUCUUUCUGGGCACUCCUUUUCGGGGCACGAAGUGGCAACCCUUCGUCGAUUCCCUCGCGCAGCUUAUGGGAUCAGCAGGCUCGCACCGCGGUAUCACCAGGGAGCUCGGUUUCGACGGGCCUGAGCUAUUGGACAGGUUGCAUCGCUUCUGCCGGCUGCGCAAUAGUCUGUCCACACCCGUCUCCUGUUUCAGCGAACUCUACGAAACGGACUACGGGCGACGGCUUGGGGUUAGCGGAGUGGCAAAGGGAAUGAUCGUGGAAGAGGCGUCCGCUUGCAUCCCAGGCCUUGACAGAUAUGCCCUCCAGACGGAUCACCUGAAGAUAAAUAAAUAUCAAGGCCCAACCGACCGCUCAUUCGAGAGGGUCUCAGCUGUGAUCUCCGAAAUGUGCCGUGGUGCGAAGGAUGUCGUUCGACGUCGGCAUGAUCCAAGGGAAAUCGUUACCGAUAAUAGAAGCGCAUUGAAGCACAAGCCUGAGGCCGAAACCUGUCUCGUUGACCUCUUCGUGACCGACCCGCUCGAGGACAAAAUGAACUUGAAGCGCAAGAAAGGAGACCGCGCUCGCGGCACUUGCGAGUGGAUACUCGGCACAGAAGCUCUCACUGCUUGGCUUGGCCCCAGUCAGACGGAGCUCACGGAGAGCCAGGCGACCAAUGUUCUGUGGCUCCGUGGGUACCCGGGGACGGGAAAAUCCACCAUGGCUAUAUUCCUCACCGAGGCGCUGUCGGCGGCUUUCUCUGCCACAUACGGGAAAACCUUGGCUUACUUUUUCUGCGACUCCGGCUUCGGGACGCGGAAGACGGCCACGUCAGUCGUCAGAGGGCUUCUCCUCCAACUCGUCCAGCAACACCCGCAGCUUCUCGACUAUGUCUUGCCAAAGUACAACGAGCGCAGGGCGAAGCUGUUCGAAUCGUUCGACGCUCUCUGGACAAUAUUCAUGGCCGCGGCGGCGGACCAGCACACCGGUCAAAAAUACUGUAUCAUUGACGCCUUGGAUGAAUGUGAUCAAGAAUCGCAAAAGAUCCUGUUGCGACAGUUACAAGAAACCUUUCAGAGCCAGCAUGCCCCGUCAAACCUCCGGAUAUUGAUCACCAGUCGGCCGUAUCCCGAGAUCCGCGAAUACUUGGAAAUAUUUGCCAAUGAGGACUUGGCUUCCUUCCCCGAGGCAAAGCAAGAUAUUGAUCGAUGUAUCCAGGAAAGAGUGGCAAAUUUGGCCGAGAGGAAACGCUAUACAGACAAGGUUAAAGGACGAGUCGGCGACAUCCUCAGAGACAAGGCUGACGGAACUUUUCUCUGGGUUGGCUUAGCCUGCAACGAGCUCGAGGAUGUCCCUUCGAAGGACGCUAUCCCAGUCUUAGAGGGGAUGCCCAAAGGGCUUCAUUCGCUCUACAAGAGGCUUCUCCAUACAGCCCUUGAACGGGACACGGCCAAAGCCGAUGAUGUCCGACUAAUCCUGAGCUUCGUUGCUGUGUGUCUGCGUCCAUUAAGCGUCUUGGAACUCUCUGAAGCUUGCCAACUACACAUGAACGAAGACGACGCAGAGACCCGAGCCCAGUUCACGCGAGAGCACGUCGAGUCUUGUCGCCUGAUGGUCAUCAUCCAAGAUGAAAAAGUGCUCUUGUUGCAUCAGUCGGUGAAGGACUUUUUAGCCGAGGCUGGGGCCGAUCAUUUCAUCAACGAGCUCAAGGCACAUGCUCGCCUUGCCCAUCGCUGUGUUGAUCUUCUGAUCAAGGAAUUCCGAAAUCUUGGGAAUGGCAAGGAAGUGAUGACGCUCCUUCUCGACCGUCGGGGAGACCAGAUCACCAUCACGGACGAGGUGGUCAAGGCUGCGGCGGGAAAUUUCAGGAAUGGCAAGGAAGUGAUGGCGCUGCUUCUCGACCGGCGAGGAGACCAGAUCACCAUCACGGACGGGGUGGUCAAGGCUGCAGCAGGAAACGAAGAUGAAGGCAAGGAAGUGAUGGCGCUCCUUCUCGACCGGCGGGGAGACCAGAUCACCAUCACGGACGAGGUGGUCAAGGCUGCGGCGGGAAAUUCUUGGAAUGGCAAGGAAGUGAUGGCGCUGCUUCUCGACCAGCGAGGAGACCAGAUCACCAUCACGGACGAGGUGGUCAAGGCUGCGGCGGGAAAUUCUGGGAAUGGCAAGGAAGUGAUGGCGCUCCUUCUCGACCGGCGAGGAGACCAGAUCACCAUCACGGACGAAGUAGUGAAGGCUGCGGCAGGAAAUUUCGGGAAUGGCAAGGAAGUGAUGGCGCUCCUUCUCGACCGGCGGGGAGACCAGAUCACCAUCACGGACGAGGUGGUCAAGGCUGCGGCGGGAAAUUUCAGGAAUGGCAAGGAAGUGAUGGCGCUGCUUCUCAACCGGCGAGGAGAUCAGAUCACCAUCACGGACGAGGUGGUCAAGGCUGCGGCGGGAAAUUCUGGGAAUGGCAAGGAAGUGAUGACGCUCCUUCUCGACCGGCGGGGAGACCAGAUCACCAUCACGGACGAAGUAGUGAAGGCUGCGGCAGGAAACGAAGAUGAAGGCAAGAAAGUGAUGGCGCUCAUUCUCGACCGUCGGGGAGACCAGAUCACCAUCACGGACGAGGUGGUCAAGGCUGCGGCGGGAAAUUCAAGGAAUGGCAGGGAAGUAAUAGCGCUCCUUCUCGACCGGCAAAGAGACCAGAUCACCAUCACGGACGAGGUGGUCAAGGCUGCGGCGGGAAAUUCUGGGAAUGGCAAGGAAGUGAUGGCGCUCCUUCUCGACCGGCGGGGAGACCAGAUCACCAUCACGGACGAGGUGGUCAAGGCUGCGGCAGGAAACGAAGAUGAAGGCAAGAAAGUGAUGGCGCUCAUUCUCGACCAGCGAGGAGACCAGAUCACCAUCACGGACGAGGUGGUCAAGGCUGCGGCGGGAAAUUCUGGGAAUGGCAAGGAAGUGAUGGCGCUCCUUCUCGACCGGCGGGGAGACCAGAUCACCAUCACGGACGAGCGAGGAGACCAGAUCACCAUCACGGACGAGGUGGUCAAGGCUGCGGCGGGAAAUUCUGGGAAUGGCAAGGAAGUGAUGGCGCUCCUUCUCGACCGGCGAGGAGACCAGAUCACCAUCACGGACGAAGUAGUGAAGGCUGCGGCAGGAAAUUUCGGGAAUGGCAAGGAAGUGAUGGCGCUCCUUCUCGACCGGCGGGGAGACCAGAUCACCAUCACGGACGAGGUGGUCAAGGCUGCGGCGGGAAAUUUCAGGAAUGGCAAGGAAGUGAUGGCGCUGCUUCUCAACCGGCGAGGAGAUCAGAUCACCAUCACGGACGAGGUGGUCAAGGCUGCGGCAGGAAACGAAGAUGAAGGCAAGGAAGUGAUGGCGCUCAUUCUAGACCAGCGAGGAGACCAGAUCACCAUCACGGACGAGGUGGCGGAGGCCGCGGCAACAUGUGGUCAGCACGGAGUUCUCAACCUCUUAUCUCAGAAUGGUCUCGUCUCCGUUCGAGAGGAAUGGCGUUGUAUUGCAAACUUUUACAACGCCGCAACAGCAGGUCAAUUACCGGGAGAUCACCUCUGUUCUGGCCAUCUUGGUGUGGUAUGGAACGAAUUGUGA